CCUCUUCCCAUCAUAUCAAGAUGACCUUUCGACAGGUCAUUGGCAGGCGUAUAACGCUUCUGCCAACUUUGCAACAGCAGCCGAUCGCAAAGAGAUGCUUUUCAUCCUUGGUUGUAGGGUAUAGUGUCAACUCAUCCCUGCUUGAUCGGCGGCGGCACUACAGCCUGACAAAAGUAAUUCAGUCUCCGAUUCGUUCCUCAUACUUUCACCCAGGGAUACGACUUUUGAGCACUACAAGCUCGCUUUUCGAUAUCAAAAAGAAUGACCCGAUCCCAUCAUCCUCAGUAGAAUCAACAUCACCCCAAACCAGUGAAAGUGGGAAGGUAGGGCCAAUACUGGAAGAUUAUGAACCGCAGAAGCUAUCAGAAGAUAUCUUGACCAUUCCCAACGUGCUAACAAUAAUGCGUCUAUUGAGUACGCCAGUACUGGGAUACUUAGUCUUGAUCGAUGAAAUGCAAUACGCAUUAGGAUUGUUGGCCGUUUCAGGUUUUACGGAUCUAUUGGACGGUUACCUUGCCCGUAAAUUUGGAUCAGCGACAGUGUUUGGUUCGAUUGCCGAUCCUGCAGCCGAUAAGGCAUUAAUGACAGUAAUGGUAGGAGUUUUGGCUUGGCGUGGUUUGAUACCGAUCCCAUUAGUACUGUUGAUCAUCGGUAGAGAUGUUGGAUUGGUGUUGAGCGCAUUCUUGAUUCGUUGGAAAAGUUUACCUGAACCAAAAACAUUUCAACGUUAUUGGGAUCCAAGAUUACCUUCUGCAAAAGUCAAACCAACUCAAAUUUCAAAGUAUAACACCUUUCUACAGAUCAUCCUCGUGGGAAUUUGUACACUCUUGGCAUCCAUGUCUGAUCCUUGGAGAACAUGGUGGAGCGAACGGGAAGGGUUGUGGGAGGACAAGUCUACUUUACCCGUUGGUGAAGGGCGAGAGAGUACUACCGAAAACAUCCUAACGAACGAGAAGCGAGACCAAUGGGGAAAUUUGGCAAAGAAAGUCUGGCAUUCAUUCAUGCUCCUUGUCGCAACCACUACCGCUUGGAGUGGAGCAAGCUAUAUGUUUGGAACAGGUGCUGUACAGAAUGUGGGAAAGAUUGCACGUCAACGGGUUUCAGCGGCUUCAAAGACAGGAACAAAGUAGAAAAUCCAGGAAAAGCAUUUUUGUAUUUAUAGCAGCCAUUAUGACGAUAGUACAUCUCUGCGUAAUUGUGUGUUUAAGGCUUCAUCCCACAUGCCAAUCUCUAAUCGAAUCGCUGCAUCCCAGAUCCGUUGUAAGUUUGCCGUCCUUUUCAGGGAAGGUGGAUCAUUGGCUGCAUACUUUUCCAUAUUCUGUAUCCCAUCUCGAACAAUCUUUUGAAAUUCUUCACCAGCAUAAUACUCCACCCAGUCUUGGAAUGCAGCGGCUUGUUCAGAGGAACGGUCUAGAGCCCCUCUCUUGCUCUGUUCCUUCUUGAUCCAACGACCAGCUUCUCCAUAGCCUAACAGACAAGGUCCCGUUGCGGCUAGUAACUCCAACGCAUC